AUGCGGCGGCUCAGUACCUACACCAAUCCUACCACGGGAGCUGUUAUUGAUUAUUAUGAAAUUGAAAUAAGAUCAAUCCAGAAGCAAAUAUACCCUAAUCUUGGAGUCGCUAAUUUAUACGCUUAUGAUGGACUACAACCUGGACCUACGUUUAUGAUGCGCAAGGGGCGGGAAGCAGUGGUGAGGUUUACAAACAACAGUCCAACCAACUCUUCCGUACAUGUCCAUGGCCAAUACAAUCGUGCACCCUUUGAUGGCUGGGCUGCCGACUACGCUUUUCCCGGCCAAUACAAAGAUUACUACUAUCCGAACGCACAGAAUGCUCGAACUAUAUGGUACCAUGAUCACACCGAGUUCGAGACUGGCGAAAAUGUGUAUAUGGGCCUUGAUGGGUUUUACUUACUAAGUGAUGAUGAAGAACAAGCGCUAGACUUGCCUAAAGACGAAUACGAUAUUGCUUUGUCAAUUUGUUCGAAACAAUACGGUAAUAAUGGAGAAUUGAUUUAUAAUACAAAUGGCCAUACUGGAGUUUGGGGUGACAUUAUACAAGUCAACGGUCAGCCCUGGCCGUUUCUCGAAGUUGAGCCUCGAAAGUACCGUCUACUCAUUGCUUCCGAUGCUGGAUUGUUCUCCCAUCCCAUAGAGACAGAUCACCUGGGCUUCUCCAUGGGAGAGCGAUACGAAUUGAUUGUCGACUUUGCAGGCUUCGAAGGCCAGACCAUCCAGCUAUGA